GAACUUUAUCGAUCCGACGGGGUUGUCGAGUCAGGGUUUUUUCGUUCCCUCGAAUCUCUCUCUUUCCCGCUUUUUUCUUCCGUCUCUCAGCUCACUCGCCUCCCUAAUGGAACGACUGUUAUGGUUCGAAGAAGAAACGAUCGCGGCUUAUAAUGAAGAACUUUCAUCAUCAUCAUCAUCAUCAUCCAACGGCUACAAAUUGGUGCCGUGGUUAAACUGGGCCGAGUGGGAAUCCGUGAGAAAAUCUCUCUUCUCCUCUUCUCCGGCCAUGAUUUCCUCUGCUCUCUCAAGAGUAUCGGCGUGGCGUAGCCGAGGUUGUUUACCGGUUGUGAUUGAUGUCACUGCUUCAAUCAUUGAAAUUCAGCAGACCGACCCUUUCUUCCGAGGCGACAAAUCGAAGGAUGAUUUGCAUUCGGAACAAAUGCUAGCUAUGUUGUAUUGUAUGGCAAUCUUGAGGCUUGUUAACUGUGUGGUUGAGAAGACACGCAAGAGAACAGGGAUUUCCAUUGCUGAUGCAGCUGACGCAAUCGGUAUUCCACGUAAGCUGAUUGAUGUUCGUCAUGAGGGUUCUCACCGGGAACUCCCAGCACUGGCUGUUGUUCGGGAUUCCUCAAUUGUGGCACUUAAUUGGCUGAAAUCCUAUUAUUGGGAACCUCAGAAGGAGCAAAUUCCAUUUCAAAGAGAUGGAGCUAUUAAUAUUAGAAAAGAAAUCAAAUCCAAACUCCGUGAAUUGGAUUUCUGCAUAAAAGCUCAGCAGAGUCCUGAACUUGGAUCUUUCCUCGUCAAAGGAAAAGGUAGCAGGCAGUUCAAUCACCUUUGCGGCCGUAGUAAAUUUUUCUCACUUAUGGCAGGCAAGGUCCAUUCAUCCCAAUCUGGAGGUCUUAAGAAACAGAUUGCUAAAAUCUUGAAAAGUCUUGUAAGCUUUUAUUCUACAUCAUCCUCAGAAGUAGUAUCAGUUUUAUUGGAAUUCUUGCUGAAGGCUGUAGAUUCCUCAAGUUUUCUGGACCUUGCUAAAGAUUCCAAAGCAGGCCAAGAUAAACAUGCUUCAUGGGAUGAUUGGGAGCUUGUGAUAACAAAAUUCUCAAAGAAGGAACCAGACUUGCUUUUGGCCCUUCUUCAGAGGGUUCUUGAUAUGAUUGGGACAAAGGAAGCAUUGAAAUAUCAAACGGGGCAUCUGACAUCAUCAGACCGUAGCGGGGAGGCUUGCCAAGUAGAACAUCUUUCAUCUUUGUUUGCAUGGCUGGUCAGACAUCUUUCGGAAUUAAAGCCUGCCAAAGGUUCUGGAGGGAAAAGCAUGUCAAAUGAAAAUUUCAAAGAGCUCCUUCGUAAAUGUCUCUUGGUGUCAGCUUUUGGUAACAAGCGUCUCAUGGAUUCUGCCCUUCAUCUUGCACAGCUGGUUGGAAACAGUGUGUUGAUGGAGAAACUCAACAAACUUUGGUCACUAGGUUUGUCAAGUACAGUGGACAUUGGAGAAAAUUCUUCACUCGAGAUUUCGAAAACUGUUAGGCAAGAGCAGGAAUCUGAUAAUCAAGCUGCUAAGAAGCUAGAACUGGUUAAACUCCGCCAAAUGAAGAGCACAUUUGUCAAAACAGCUGUUGAUGUUAGAAAUUCAAACAGAUGGGUUGUGGCAAAAUCAUGGAACCCAUGUCCUCUUGGUAUGUUGCCUCGUGCUCUCGGGUCUUCAGGUUGUAUGCCAGUGCUUGACUGUCAUAACGACUGCCUAAGGGAUACAGAAUUAGUGGAAGGGAAGGAGAACGGUGAACUUAACCUUUGCAGUGGCAAGAGAAAAGCUAGUGAUGAUAUCCGGUUGCUGGAUUUGUCAAGCCCUAAGAAGGUAAAGGAAACAAUAGGAAACCGCGAAUCGGGUGGUGAAGAUGUUUCUUCACCAGACACCUCUGGCCUUCUUAUGAUGGAUGGUCUUUGGAAGAAGGUUGGGCAAACAGAGCUCCAGGCUCUAUCAUCUGCUGUAAGGAUUUUGGUGUAGGAACUGCUUAGUGUUUAGUGUUGCUCUGCUUAUAUUCAAUUGUAUUCAAAACUGUGGCUGGAACAGCCAUUGCUGUCAAUUUUUUCACUUUUUUUUUUGUUUUAUUAAAUCCUUUUCCAAUCCUUCUUUAAAA